GGAUGCUCAGCCCCCCGCCCUCUGGCCGGGUCGGCUCGGAGCGCGUCCCCAGCCCGAGGACGGCGGCGGGCGCGUCUCUGUCCGAGUCGGAGGCGCCGGAUCGCGCCCGGGCAGCGGCGGCUGGGAAAAGUCGCGUCUCCCUCCCCCCCUCUCUCUUUUUCUUUCUUUUCUCCCCCUCACAACUCCACACCCCACAAGCCAAAAAGAGCCCCCCCGGGGCGGGGAGGGGAAAAGCAGAUUAAGGGACUUGUCAAGUCCGGACGGCUCCGACUUGCUCCGGCGUGCCUUUUGGAAAAAAAAUCUCUCUCUCUUGGUUUGGUUGCGCGCUGGUGGAAAGCGGGUUUGUUUUUUUUUUUUAAAGAUUUGGGGCCAGGAGGAAAAAAAAGAGAGAGAGGUUCUUGUGAUCUCCUUCAAAGAAGAGGUGCUGUCGAAGUUACUUCGGGGUCCAAAAAAAAAGGAAGCAGAAAGAAGUGGGGAAAACGUCUCCCCUAACUUUUCCACUUUUUCUUUUCUCAAACUCCCACGAAGUUUUGCAGCAUGGUGGCAGUUUUCCUCUUCUGCCUCUUCUCUCUUGGCCGGGUGGAUUCUCUGAUGUACCCGGCAACUUUAGCCCCGCAAGAUCCGAGCCUCCUCAUCGGCUCUACGCUCACGGCCAACUGUUCGGUCAGUGCCGACUCAAGGCUGAAGGCUGAGGACCUUUACUGGACCCUGAAUGGCCGGCGGCUCCCAGACGAGACUUACACGGUCCUUACUCCCAAAACCUUGAGUGUGACCUUGGCGAAUCUGAACGGAUCCCGCCAGCAGUCGGGGGACAACCUGGUGUGCCAUAGCAAGGAAAGCGGGGGGAUCUUGGCUGGAUCGUGCCUCUAUGUAGGAUUGCCGCCCGAGAAGCCGACCAACAUUUCAUGCUGGUCUAAAAACUUGAAGGACCUCACUUGCAAAUGGGCUCCCGGGACAGAAGGCGAGACGUACCUGCACACCAAUUACACUCUCAAGUACAAACUCAGGUGGUAUGGCCGUGACAACAUUUGCCAGGAGUAUCAGACCGCAGGACCCUAUUCCUGUCACAUCCCUAAGGACCUCGCGCUCUUCACCCCCUACGAAAUCUGGGUCGAGGCCUCCAACCGGCUCGGGGUGGCCAAGUCCGACAUGGUGAUGCUGGACAUUGUCGACGUUGUGACCACGGAUCCCCCCUCCGAUGUCCACGUCAGCCGUGUCGGGGACCUGGAGGACCAGCUGAGCGUCCGGUGGAGUGCCCCUCCCGCCCUGAAGGACUUCCUCUUCCGAGCCAAAUAUCAGAUCCAGUACCGAGUGGAGGACAGCUUGGAGUGGAAGGUGGUGGACAACGUGGGCAACCAGACCUCCUGCCGGCUUGCGGGGCUAAGGCCCGGCACGGUGUACUUCGUCCAGGUCCGGUGCAACCCAUUCGGCAUCUACGGCUCGAAAAAAGCCGGGAUCUGGAGUGACUGGAGCAACCCCACGGCCGCCUCCACGCCUCGGAACGGACGGAUGCCGGGGGUGUGCGAGCCUAAGAGCGGGGAACACAACAACACCAUGCGCCGGGAACUCAAGCAGUUCUUCGGGUGGAUGCGGAAACACGGCUGUUCUUACGGCUGCGCCAACCUGAGCAUCAAAAUGUACGACCAGUGGAGGGUCUCCCUGCAGAAGUCCCACAAAACACGGAACCAGGUCCUCUCUGGCGAUAAAUCUUAAGUGGGAUCGGAAGGGGUGCCAAAUGGAGCGUCCUUGAAGGCCCGCUGGGGAGGGUGCCGUGGGGCCGAAGAAGCAAACAACACCGUCGGAAGAUGGUCCACGAACACGGGUUGCAUUGCAAACGGGCAAUGCAGCAGGAAAAAUAUAUAUAUAUCAGAUUUUAGCUCUUCUUUACGAGCCGCAAAAGGAGACCGACCAUAAACAGGAAUCCCCACCUUUGAUUUUGCCAUCUUUAUAUUAUUGCUGCCGUACACAAUCCUGGAAUAUAUUUAUGUAUCUUGCAUACAUGGUUAUACAUACUUACUUUCGCUCCAUAAGACGCACCUUUCCAUAAGAUGCACCAAUUUUUUAGGAGAAGAAAA